AGCGGUGACGGAAACGUGCUGCCUGCCUGUGUGUUGUGAUACAACAUCAGACACACGAGCACGGGAUGAGCCGUACACUCUGGGUGAACUAUAUUCAAUUAAUCUGUUCGUUAGCUGUGUUUGUGCUGCAGAGGCGACACAUGAAACGAUGGAGAAUUUAGAGCUGAGCCUGCCCUCUCUGGGUACCAUAUCCAGACAUGUUGACCAAAGGAACAACCAACUCAGCCAGUAUCUGUCCAAACAGAUUUGGAGUCAGCAGGACCGGCAGUGUAUUCUGGAGUGUUUGGCUCAGCUGCUGUUGGAGAGAGACUACACGCUGCUGAUCGCCCGACACCUGCGGCCGCUGGUUCUGGAUCUGUUGGAGAGGAACGCGGAGAGAGUCAAAGCUGGGGGCAGGAUUAACCAUGACCUCCAUGAGCGCCUGUGUGUGGCCCUCAGCAAACUCCUCGGCAUCAGUCCGGAUGCACAGGCGUUUGCAGCGAGGUACUUCGAUGACGCCCCUCCAGUGUUUCAGAGACUCUUCUUCACCAGCGAGGAGGCCUCAGCCGUUCAGUACGGCCCCAGGAGGAUGAAGCUGCGCGACCUCAUGGGAGCCACGCUGCGUUUCCUUCAGAGUGACUGCGCCAAGUUUCGGAUGCUGUGGGACUGGAGUUCCUGCGUGUCUCAGCUGCUCACCAGCGACGUCAUGGUUCGAGGGUACACUGCCCAUUGUUUAGCGCUGGUCUCUCACAUGACGGAUAAUCAGAAAACCAUCUUUCUGAGGAAGGUGCUGACGAGUGAUGAGAUCCUGCACAUGAAAAUAAAAGCUUUGGAGGAAACUCAGCAGCUGGAGGUAGAAAAGGCCCUGGUGUUAGCCAAUCAGGGCUCUGCGGUGUGGCGUCAGGAGAAGGCCAAUAAGUUCACGAGGGGUCAGGUGGUGUCGGAGGAUCUGUCUUUGAACGUGGUGGCCGUCUGUGGCGUCGUCCUGCCCAGGAUUGCUCCCAGAAUCCCUGAACAGAUGAACACGAAGGAUCUGGUUCUGGUGGACUCCACCUGUCGUAAUCUGAGGAGACUGGCGCUGGCGGUGGCGUCCCAGAAGCCCGUGCUGCUGGAGGGUCCUAUAGGCUGUGGGAAAACGUCGCUGGUGGAGUUCAUGGCUGCUGUCACGGGACACACGAAAGCUACAGAGAUCCUCAAGGUCCAGCUGGGCGAUCAAACUGACAGCAAGAUGCUGCUCGGGAUGUACCGCUGCACCGACAUCCCGGGGAAGUUCGUUUGGCAGCCGGGAAGUUUGACACAAGCUGUUACAACGGGCCAGUGGAUCCUUCUGGAGGACAUCGACCACGCUCCUCUGGAUGUGAUCUCCGUGCUCCUGCCUCUGAUGGAGAAUAAAAAGCUGAUGAUUCCAGGACGAGAGGACUGCAUCGAUGUCGCUCCAGGAUUUCAGUUCUUUGCGACAAGAAGGAUGUACUACAGCGGAGGAAGCUGGCACAAACCACAAAACUCUCACGCAGCGCUGCUCGACAAAUACUGGACCAAACUGCAGAUGGGAAACAUGACCCGAGAGGAGCUGAAGAAGGUGCUCGUGAGCAGGUACCCUCUGCUCACUGUGGUGUCAGACCGUCUCCUGGACAUUUACUGCCAGCUGACCGGGGAGAGACACCCGGACACGGACACAAACAGCCCCGACGACAUCCAGCAGAACAAGUCUGAGGACAAAGGCACACCGCUGGAGGGGAGAGCCCUGUCUCUCAGGGACUUACUGAAAUGGUGUGAGCGGAUCAGUGUGAACUUCGACAGCACGUCACCAGCCACAGCACAACACGUCUUCCAAGAGGCUCUCGACUGCUUCACAGCCAUGUUGUCUCGUCCUGAAAGUCGACUGAAGAUGGCCGAGAUCAUCGGGAGCAAACUCAACAUCUCUAGAGAAAAGGCGCUGCACUUCUGUCAGAUGUACCAGCCCGGCAUCGCUCUGACCGAGCUGGAGGUCUCGGUGGGCAGAGCGCUCCUGCGUCGAAAGCAGACCGAAGCGGUGCAGCUGAGUUUAGAAAACCAGACGUUUGCUGCCACUCGUCCGUCGGCGGUGCUGCUGGAACAGCUCGCGGUGUGUGUCGCUAAAGGAGAGCCCGUUCUUCUGGUGGGAGAGACCGGGACCGGAAAGACCUCCACCGUUCAACACCUGGCCAGAGUCACAGGUCACAGGUUGCGGGUUGUGAACAUGAACCAGCAGAGUGACACUGCCGACCUGCUCGGAGGGUACAAGCCGGUCGACCACAAGCAGAUCCUCCUCCCGCUGCGUGAGGCGUUCGAGGACCUGUUCUCUCAGACGUACUCGAGGAAACAGAACCUGACCUUCCUGGGUCACGUGCAGACCUGCUUCAGGGGGAAACGCUGGCAGGAUCUGCUCAAACUCAUGGACCACGUCUGCAAGUCGGCCCUCACCCAAGAGCUGCAGGACAAGGCGGACGCUGAUCUGCUGCAGGAGAAGUGGGAGGCGUUGGCUCUCAGGCUGAGUCAGACCCAGCAGCAGAUCCGAGCCUGUGAGACCGCCAUGGUGUUCGCCUUCGUGGAGGGAACGUUGGCUCAGGCGGUGAAGAAGGGUCAGUGGAUCCUGCUGGAUGAGAUCAACCUGGCGGCGGCAGAGACUCUGGAGUGCUUGAGCGGACUGUUGGAGGGCAGCGCUGGAUCUCUGGUGCUGCUGGACCGCGGGGACACUGAGCCUCUGGUACGAAACCCGGACUUCCGGCUCUUUGCCUGCAUGAAUCCAGCUACUGAUGUGGGAAAGAGAAACCUGCCUCUGGGCCUCAGGAACAGGUUCACUGAGCUGUACGUGGAGGAGCUGGAGAAUGAGGGGGACCUGCGCAUUCUGGUCUCAGACUACCUGAAGGGUUUGAAUUCACACAGAAACGUCAUCAGUGGCAUCAUCAGUUUUUACUUGGCGGUACGAAAGGAGGCACACUCCCACCUGGUGGACGGGACAGGUCACAGACCCCACUACAGCCUGCGUACUCUGUGCAGGGCUCUGAAGUACGUGGCAGUAAACCCCUGUAACAGCGUGCAGCGCUCGCUCUAUGAGGGUUUCUGCCUGAGCUUCCUGACUCAGCUGGAUAGAAGCUCUCACCCUGUGGUCCAGAAACUGGUCUGUCAGCACAUCCUGCUGGGGAACACAAAGUGUCUGAAACAUCCCAUCCCGGCGCCCUCAGGCCGGCCGUGUGUGGACGUGGAGGGGUACUGGGUCUCUCAGGGGGAGAUGGAGCCGGCUCUGGACCCGAGCUACAUCCUCACCGCCUCCGUCAAACUGAACCUGCGUGACCUCGCCAGAGUGGUGUCUGCAGGGUCCCACCCAGUGCUGAUCCAGGGAGAGACGUCUGUGGGGAAGACCAGCCUGAUCCGCUGGCUGGCUGCAGCCACAGGAAACCAGUGUGUGAGGAUCAACAAUCACGAGCACACCGACAUCCAGGAGUACAUCGGCUGCUACUCGUCCGACGACCGGGGGAAGCUGGUGUUCAAAGAGGGUGUUCUGAUCGACGCCAUGAGAAAAGGCUACUGGAUCAUCCUGGACGAGCUGAAUCUCGCCCCCACUGACGUCCUGGAGGCUCUCAACAGACUGCUGGACGACAACAGGGAGCUCUUUGUGGCUGAGACGCAGGAAGUCAUCAAGGCUCACCCCAGAUUCAUGCUGUUCGCUACCCAGAAUCCCCCUGGACUCUACGGAGGGAGAAAGGUUCUCUCCAGAGCUUUCAGGAACCGCUUUGUGGAGCUUCACUUUGACGAGCUGCCCAGUGGAGAGCUGGAGACCAUCCUCCAUCAGAGGUGCAGCCUGCCUCCGUCCUACUGCAGCAAGCUGGUCAAGGUCAUGCAGGACCUGCAGUCCUUGCGUCGGGGAUCUUCUGUGUUUGCGGGGAAACAUGGCUUCAUCACCCUCAGGGAUCUAUUCCGCUGGGCAGACCGGUACAGGCUGGAGCAGCAGACUGAAGACUCUCAGGACUGGCUGCAGCAUUUGGCCGAUGAUGGGUACAUGCUGCUGGCUGGACGUGUGAGGAAACCAGAAGAAGAGUCGGUCAUCCUCUCCAUCCUGCAGAAACACUUCAAACGGACGGUCAACCCUGAAAACCUGUUCUCUAAGAAACAGGUCAACAACCAGUUCAGUCCCUUCAUCGACAGCAUUGCCGGAGUACCGGAGGAGUUUCGACACGUGGUGUGGACGCACAGCAUGAGGAGAUUAGCCGUGCUGGUGGGACGGGCGCUACGAUUCGGAGAGUCUGUCCUGCUCGUAGGAGACACCGGUUGUGGAAAGACGACAAUCUGCCAGCUGUUUGCGGCUCUGGCUGGACAAAAGUUCUUCUCCGUGAAUUGUCACCUUCACAUGGAGACGUCUGACUUCCUGGGAGGCCUGAGACCCGUCAGACACACACAUCAGACUGCUGGAGAGGACAGCCGGCUGUUUCAGUGGCACGACGGUCCUCUGGUUCUGGCCAUGAAGGAGGGAGGAGUGUUUCUCAUGGAUGAGAUCUCUCUGGCAGACGACUCGGUGCUGGAGAGACUCAACAGUGUUUUAGAGACGGAGAAGUCCCUCGUGCUGGCAGAGAAAGGCAGCGGAGACGACGACGACGUGGAGAUGAUCAGAGCGACUGGAGGUUUCCGCCUGGUGGCCACCAUGAACCCCGGAGGAGACUUUGGAAAGAAAGAGCUCUCCCCCGCCCUCAGGAACCGUUUCACAGAGAUCUGGUGUCCUCAGAGCAACAACCGCGGUGACCUGGUUCACAUCGUCCAACACAACCUGCGCUCAGGACUCUCCCUCGACGGCGGCGACAUCGCAGAGCUGAUGCUGGACUUCAUCGAUUGGCUGACGCGGCAGGACUUCGGCCGCCGCUGCAUCCUGAGCGUCAGAGACAUCCUGUCCUGGGUGUACUUCAUGAACGCCGUGUGCGAGCGCGACGAGGAUGGCUUCAUGACCAUGGGGGCUCUGGAGGAUGAAGAAGAAGCCGAGUGGGACCUCAGACUGGACACUGUGACCGCCUUCAUCCACGCUGCGUGUUUGGUGUACAUAGACGGCAUCGGCUCUGGAACCACAGUGUCGUGUGCAGACAGCGCCCUCCUGGCUCGCAGGUUGUGUUUGGGUUUCCUGCAGCAGCGGCUCGGUAAGAUGACCAAACUGGAUCAGGAGAUGCUGGACGCCCUGAGGGUGUACGACAGCAGCCUGCAGAGGGAGCCCCAGUGGGGGGAGGACUUCUUCGGCAUUGACCCGUUCUACAUCGCCUUAGGGACUCGGACUGAGAGUCGGGACCUAUCCGACUACGCCAUGGCGGCAGGGACCACGGCGGUGAACGCUCAGAGACUGCUGCGGGCGUUGAAGCUGCAGAGGCCCGUGCUGCUGGAGGGAUCCCCCGGCGUGGGGAAGACCAGUCUGGUGUCGGCGCUGGCCAAAGCAUCGGGGAACCAUCUGGUCAGAAUCAACCUGUCAGAGCAGACGGAUGUGACUGAUCUGUUUGGGACUGAUCUCCCUGUGGAGGGCGGGAAGGGAGGAGAGUUUGCGUGGAGAGAUGGCCCCCUGUUGGCUGCUUUGAAGGCAGGGCACUGGGUCGUCCUGGACGAGCUGAACCUGGCCUCUCAGUCGGUGUUGGAGGGUCUGAACGCCUGCUUCGAUCACCGAGCAGAGAUCUACAUUCCUGAACUGGGAAUGAGCUUCCAGGUUCAGCACGAGAAGACUAAAAUCUUCGGCUGCCAGAAUCCUUUCACUCAAGGCGGAGGACGUAAGGGGCUGCCCAAAUCCUUCCUCAACAGAUUCACUCAGGUUUUUGUGGACCAGCUCACCAACAAAGACAUGGAGUUCAUCGGAGACUCCAUUUUCCCCAACAUUGAUAAAGAAAUCAUCGUUAAGAUGGUGGAGUUCAGUAACAGGCUGGUUCAGGAGGUGUGUGUGGAGCGCCGGUGGGGUCAGAGAGGGAGCCCCUGGGAGUUCAACCUGCGGGACAUGUUUCGAUGGUGUCAGCUGAUGCAGGCUGACCAAUCCCCGGGCUUCUUUAACCCAGGUCAGCAUGUGGCCCUGGUGUACGCUGACAGGAUGAGGACGGAGGCGGACAAAGCUCAGGUGCUGUCCGUGUUCAGGAAGGUGUUUGGGGAGGACUUUGAGCCUUACAGCGGCUCCAGAGAGUUUCACAUCACCCCGCUCAACCUGCAGGUGGGUUUCUCUGUCCUGCAGCGCAGUGGCGGAGCCCCCGUGGCCCUCGACCCUCCGCUGUCCAUCACUCACCAGGCGCUGCGGCCCCUGGAGUCCCUGAUGAAGUGUGUGGAGAUGGGCUGGAUGAGCAUACUGGUCGGCCCCACCGCCAGCGGGAAGACGAGCCUGGUGCGGCUGCUGGCCCUGCUGACGGGACACCGGCUCCGGGUGAUGGCCAUGAACAGCGCCAUGGACACCACGGAGCUGCUGGGGGGCUUCGAACAGCUGGAUAUCAUGCGGCCAUGGCAACAGGUGCUGGAGAGCGUGGACUACAUAGUUGCCAUGGUGAUAAGGCGUGGCCUGAUGUCUCUGGACGUUGGCGUGCAGGACACAGAGUUCCUGCUGCAGACGUGGGGUCUGUUCUGUCGCUGGCUGAAGGAGGAGGGGCUGCAGAGGAGCGGAGGAGCCGUGAACUCGGAGGCUCUGAACAAGCUGGAGGUCAUCAUCAUGCUGCUGCAGAAACUCAACACCAAGCUCAAAGUCUUCACCGACAUGUCCAAGCUGCAGAAGGACUUCACGCUGCUGAAGGAGCGCCUGGCUCAGCUGGAGGACGGGUGGACUAACGGAGGCUUCGAGUGGCUGGACGGGAUGCUGGUUCAGGCUCUGCAGGCCGGAGACUGGCUGCUGAUGGACAACGUCAACUUCUGCAGUGCUUCUGUCCUGGAUCGUCUCAAUGCUCUGCUGGAGCCCGGCGGGUCUCUCACCAUCAACGAACGAGGCGUCAUAGACGGGAAGACCCCCCAAAUCACCCCACACCCUAACUUCAGGUUGUUCCUAACCAUGGACUCUGUGCACGGAGAGCUCUCCAGAGCCAUGAGGAACAGAGGGGUGGAGAUCUACAUCCCAGGGGAACAUGAGGGGGUCUGCUGGGACUCACUGGACCUGAAGACCCUGCUCCACACUGCGGGGGUGACCGGGGACUGUGUGUGCGAGCUGCUGAUUGAGAUACACAAAGGCAUCAAAUCUGCCAUCUGGGACUCCCCGGCAUCAUCGCUGGCCUCCCUCCUCCACGCUGCCACCCUGCUGUCCUGUCAGCUGCAGAGAGGUGUAGAUUUACCCAGCGCCCUGCAGCAUGCAUGUGGAGAGGCCUACUCACACUGCCAACGCACCACUGCCAACCAAAAGCAAGCCCAGCAGGUGAUCGAGCAGCACUUAUCCAUCCUGGACACGGAGGACUGGGGCAGCGGGCUGCUGUGUGCCGGGGUCUGGCCCGACGGCUUCCCUUCAGCUCUCCUCUCCACCGAGGACUCGUGCUUCUCAGCCGUGCUCAGAGACGGACAGGUCCUCUCGUUCUGCCUGAACACCCUCAGCCUGCAGGGGAGACGGAGUCGUCCGCUGAGUCUGAGUGACCUGCAGAGGGCGCUGCAGAGCAGUGCGGUCCAUGAAGGCCAGGUGUUCUCUGGAGGCGUGGUGGAUCUGGCGGAUGGAGACGCUCUGAGACUGAUCCCCACGGCGGUGAGACUGCUCACAGAGAGAGCGUCUCACGGAGACUGGAUCCUCCGCAGCAGCUGGCUCUCACACCUCGGGAAGAGCUACAAACACAUCCCUGAUCCGGCUCUGGUCCAGGUGGAGGCGGGAAACCGAGCUCUGAAGGCCGUAUUUGGUGGUAAACUUGCUGCAAAGGGAAAGUCACUUGCUGAGCUGCUGCAGCCUCACAACAUAGAUGAAUACAGGAUCCUGGUGGACAUGCGAUGGAACAAGCAGUACCUCGAUAUUUUGGCAAACAAGUGCAACUUUGAGGACGAGGAGCGAUACGCCGAGUUUUUGGAGGCGCUGAAUGCAGUGGCCAACAGGAUCGUCCUGACGAUGGACAGAGAGGAGAGGUCUGUCAUCUGCACCUGUGCCAUCAACCUGUCUGCUCAGAACUGCGCUCUGAGAAUAGCCACGGCCUUCAGCAAAGGCACUGUGGAUGUUGGUCACCUGCCCCACCCCGUACUGAUGCACCUGCGGGCCUUCUUCGACCUGUGUGACUCGUUCAUGCUGCAGGCGGUGCAGAGCGGACAGCCCUACAUCUCAGACCACAUCAUGUUCGAGAUCCUGCAGCUGCUGCAGUGGCUCGAUCGGUUCUGGGACGUGUGCAGCACGCUGCCGGCCGACUCUCAGGGCAUCUCUGUGCUGUCUCUACACUGGCAGUGGGUUCAGAAACACCUGAUCCUCCGGCUGCCCCAGCUGCUGCUGGGAGACAACGACACCUCCAUCGAAGGUAAGCAGGAGCUGCAGGCGGUCUCAGCAGCCAUCCAGACCGUCCUGUCCACCCCGGUGUCUGUGGCCACAGCUCUGAAAGGAAUCCAGAAAACACUGGGGAAAGCUCUGCCGUUCAAGUUGGAGUCGGUGGCUGAGUGUGCGUCUCGUCUCAGGCUCCUCAGUAAAGCUCUGGAUGUGAGCGACCUGAGGCUGGACGGCUCUUCCAGUCCUCUGAGGCAGGAGCUGGUCCGGCUUCAGGGAGCCGGACUCGGGCUGGACGUCAAAGAGAGUCUGCUGGAGGCAUGGGGCCUCGUCCUGCUGGCAAACAACCAGCUGGAUCCACACACGUCAGGAGUGUUGGAGAGGCUGGUGUCGAGUGUGGAGCAGCAGCAGCGUCAGAUGACCUCCAGAGGUCUCCUGGAGGUCCGCCCCUCGUCUGAAGAGGAGGAGCCAGCCGAGGGAGUUCACCUGGCCCGAGGUGAGCUGCAGCAGCUCAGCCGCAGGGCUCAGCUCUGGCCCCUCAUGGAGCAGCUGGCUGUCCUCAACCAGCUGAGACUGAGCACCGACCUGCUGCACCUCGCUCUCUCUCCUGGAGAUCCGGAGGCUGAGGAAAGCUUGCGUCGAGAACUCUCCAGACAUCUGCGGUUCUGCCUCCAGUCCACACCGAUGAACGUCAGUCAGCUGCAGCCGCUCUGGUUCCAGCUCAGCAGUGACAGGCCGUCUGAGGAGCUGCAGUUUGUUUGGUGUGAGCUCCUCUCAGAGGCUCUGUCCGCCCUGUGGACCAGCAGUGUGACCUCUGACCCCGACCUGUGGCUGAAGUGGGACCCGCUGAGACCUGAGACCCGUCAGGCUCUGAAGCUGCACCAAGGAGCCGACAGCAAAGGACCAGCCUUGCUGAGCAAAGCCGUGUGGUCGCAUUGCAUGCUGGGAGUUCUCAGCAGCAGUGAGACUGGAGGUCGGUGGGAGCCGUCGGGGGCGUCCCUCCUCUCUCUCUCCCGUGUCACCCUGGGCGAGUGGAAGGAGCGGAUCCAGCAGCUGCAGGAUGUUUCUGCUGUGCUGUGGGACAACAUGGCCGUCCCUGCUCUGACUGAGUUCAGGGCGACAGACUUCAGGCUCCAGGGCGCCGUCCUGCGUCGCCAGCUGCAGAGCAUGGCGGACCUGCUGCCCCCCAGCCUGCAGGAGGGCUACAUGGAGAGCUGUGAGAGCCUGGUGGAGGACCCCGACCCUCUGAUAGCAGCUCAGGAGAUCCAAACCGUCUUCAGAGACUUCCUGCCUCCUAACCUCCUCCCCGCGGGGCUGCUGGAGGCCUGCAUCACCUGCCUGCAGCAGUACGUCCAGAGCAAAGUCCAGGGCUCCAGCACGGCCGCCCGCUCAGGGCUGUUCUGGGUCAACAUGGGCCUGCUGCAGAUCAAAGUGUGGACCCCUCAGACCAUCUUCGACCCGGCUGUGAAGAGAGCCUACAAACUCAACUACGCUCAGCAGGAGCUGGCUCUCCUGCAGGAGGAGUGGAGAGGACGCAGUCUGUCGUCUCAGCUGAUGACCGGAGCCGAGCUGGAGGAGAGCAGCAUCACCGACGGCUUCCAGCAUCCCAGAAUCAGGUACCUGUGGAUCCGCAUGCAGCAGGUGAAGGAGCAGAUCGCUGAGCUCUCCAGGAAGCAGGCCUGUCGUCCUCAUGAGCCUCAGUACGGCCGUCUCUUCCAGGAGCUGCAGCACUACCUGUGCAGCAUCGGGCAGGCGUCCGCAGUGGAAGACCUGCUGUCACACCUGCUGAAGGCCCUGCAGACCCCCUUCACCUCUACAAAGUCCAGGUCAGCGGUGCAGGGUCUGCUGAAGGAGGAGGCCGUGUGGCAGAACUCCCAGCAGCGCUUCUGUCAGAGGCUGCGCGAGGAUUACCCCCUGUACCCCGAUGUGGUCGGACCCGUCCGGACUGGGAUCUUCCUGCUCAGACACGGCAUGAGGCUGGUGGCCGCGCAGGUCGCUUCCACGCUCACACCUGCACCCGGUCUGCCCAGACUGGUGUCCUGCCUGCUGGCGUUCCCCUCCCUGUCCCCCAGCCUGCCGUCCUACCUGUCCCGCGCAGACUUCCUCUGCUCCAGGUCCUGUGUGGACGUUCUGCGCGGCCUCGUGAAGCUCCUCCCCCAGCAGCAGGACUCUGAUCAUGUGGUCCCUCAGUCGUCCACGCUGCUCCUGAACGCUCUGCUGUACGUUCAGUGUCACUCGAUGACCACAGGAGAGUUCAGCAGCGAGACAUGCAGCCUCUUCAGACACAUCUGUCAGGCUCUGGUGAACGAGUGGGACGAGCAGGAGAGGAGGAAGAGAGAGAGAGAGCAGCUGGAGGCCAGUCUUUAUCGUAACCGCAGCAGACUGCACGGCUCAGGACUGACUGAAGACGAGCAGGAGGAGAGAGACUUCAGACGACUCUUCCCUCAGUUCAACAAGGACUUUGCAGACAUUACGUCUCAGCCCAGUCUGGAGGCUCCAGCAGACUCUGAGCUCCAGGAGGAGGAGGAGCAGGAGCAGGAGGAGUCCAGUGAGAGCAGCUCUCUGUCUGCAGCCGCCAUGAACACACUGGUCCAGAUCCACCAGCGCCUCUGUCUGGGGUACGCUCAGUCACUGUGGUACCAGAGCACCAAACCAGCCAAUCACAGCAAAGAACACAUCACAGCCCUCGUCUCCUCCUAUCAGAUCGCUUCCCCUCUGAUGUCUCGCUUCUAUCAUCUGAUUGACUCUGAUCUGGACCAGCAGCUGAGCGGCAGUGAGCUGCUGCUCUCCGCCCUCCUCCAGAACACAGUGCAGGGAGCAGGCGGUCUGUCCGUCACCUCAGAGGGUCCGUACGAUUUCUACCAGCAGCCCAACAUGAGCGAGGCUCGUCUCUGUCUGCCCGUCCUCGAGCAGCUGAGUGCAGCAGUGAAGCAGAGACUGGACGACUGGCCCGAGCACCCAGCACUCGUACAGCUGACUGUGGUCAUAGAGAGAAUCAUGACGUUCAGUCUGGCCAGUCCUCUGGCUAAGUUCCUCAACGGUCUGGAGAUCCUGCUCAGCAAAGCACAGGACUGGGAGAACAACGCCAGCCGCUCAGUCUCUCUGCGGAAAGAACUGGAACCAGUGACCCAGCUCAUCAUCCAGUGGCGCAAACUGGAGCUCACCUGUUGGUCGAGUAGUCUGGACAACGCAAUGAAGCGUCACACUCAGAAAUCAACCAAACACUGGUUCUCCAUCUACCAGCUGGUGGAGCGAUAUCUGGAGGAGCAGAGGACGGACCCUGACACAGGUGAGGAGGUGGAGCGUCUCUCCCUGUCCUCAGUGACCUCCACCCUGCAGGCCUUCAUGGAGGGCUCCACCCUGGGAGAGUUUCACACUCGCCUGUCCACGCUGCUCAGCUUCCACUGUCACCUCCUGCUCGUCCCGGACCAGCCUGGACAAGAGUCUUUGUCGAGUCUUUUGUGGAACCUGCACAAAUACUACAGCCAGUUCUCCGACUGCGUCCAGACCAGAAUCAGUCAGCUCCGACAGCCCAUCGAGAAGGAGCUCAAGGACUUUGUGAAGAUCUCCAAGUGGAACGAUGUGAGUUUCUGGUCCAUCAAACAGUCGGUGGAGAAAACACAUCGGACUCUUUUCAAGUUUGUGAAGAAGUUCGGGGAGGCUCUGAGCGGUCCCAGUGUCCCCUCUCUGGUGGAGCAGGGGAGCAGUGCGAGCCUGGACAGUGUGGAUGUAAACUCAGAGGAAACACCCAUCCACCGGGUUCACCGGGCCCUGAAGAGCAACCCGCCUGGGAAGGGCCGAGACCUGGAGUGUGACGAGGUCCCAGGUGAGGGAGUUGAAGGUUCGUCUCUGCAGGCCCGUCUGCCCGUUCUGACCAGGAAAAUGAAGAAAAUGUGCGUCCAGCUGCUGAAGAAAAGCCCUGUGCCCGAGCUGACUGAAGACCUCGACUGCUUCACGGGCGAGGUGAUCAGUAACCUGCAGGCACUGCAGAGCCUCAGCGUGAACACGUCGGCAGAGAAGGAGAAGCAGAAAGCCGAGGUGAAACACAUCCUGCAGCAGAAACAGAGAGCGCUGUCAGAUUUGUUCAAGAUGCUCACAGAGAUAGGUCUGUCGUACCGUAAAGGCCUGACGUGGAACAGGACGGCCGAUCCAGAGCAGACUCUGUGUCUGCAGCCGCUGGAGCUGAGCACGGCUCUGACUGCUGUCAGGAAGCAGGAGCCGGCCGAGAGCGCGUUGUUCACAGAGUUGUUGACAGCGUGGGAUGGAUGUCAGAAGUAUUUCUACCGUUCAUGGGCGAGGAAGACGACCCUGCUGACCGCUCUGCAGCAAGCCGCCAAGGAGCUGGGUCUGGGGAACAUCGAGCGCUGCAGAGGUUUCUCUGCUCAUCUUUUCAAGCUGCUCCUCAGACAGAGACGACGGCUGUCCAAACUCACCGAGCAGUGGGUCCACCUCAGGAGGCUGACUGACAGCGUUCAGGGCAUCAAGGCCGACCUCCAGAGCCGCAGUGAGGACCCGGCCUGCGCCCUCCCUCCUCAGGAGUCUCUGCAGAGCUGGCUCGUCAGAGGGCAGGAGCUGGCCGCUCAGUGCUCCACCCUCCUGCAGCAGCUGUCCUGGCUCCACCAGUGCUGCCCCGACGACCUGCAGCAGAAGGAGACGGGCAGCUGCAGCCAGCACACCCUGAGGUGUCCGUCCCCGCUCGCCGCCCACCGCCAACCCCCCGGCUGUCUGAUGAGGAGGGGGGACGCCGCCUGGUGUCAGCUAAACCAGAGCUUCAUCGCCAUGUCCAAUCAGACGCAGAGCAUAAAGGUGGAGCUGGAUGACGCAGCGCAGCAGACGUCAGACAGAGUCCUCCACACGUGGAAACACUUCAUGACGUGCUGCUCGGCCUUCGAUCAGCUGGGAGCUGUGGCGGCUCAGAUGCCCGGCGUGGAGCAGCUCUUCUCCCCGACCGUGUGUGUCGGCAGCAGCGCUGACAACCAGCCGGCCAUCACACAGAGCCUGCAGUACGUGAGAGGACAGGUGGAGGCCGGCAUCACCGAGUUCACCACCUGGAAGACUCAGCUGCUCUCUAUUGGGCCACACAACUCAGAUCUGCAGCCUGCCUUCUGUUCUGACUUCUCUGCUGAGCUGGAGACAAACAUCAACACGGUGUUGUGUGCCGUCCAGACGCUGGUGAAGAGACGGGAGAGAGAGCAACAACCAGAGCAGCAGGGUGAUAUAAAGAAAGAGGGUGCUGCAGAGGAGAAGGAGGAUGAAGGUCCUGUGGAGGACCUGCUGAAGCCCGGUCACCUGUCUCGUCUCCUGGAGGACGAGCUGGCUGCAGAGGUGGACGCUCUGUGUGUGGGAGAUGUGAGCGGCGGGCUGGAGAAGCUGCUGAGCCGCCUCAAGACUCACAGAGACUCGUGUCAGCCUUCUCAGCUGCAGGAGGUGGACAGGGCGUGCAGGAUGCUGGUGCGUCUGCAGCCUCUGCUCGGGGUCUUCUGUGACGUGGUGAGGUUCUACGUGUCCGUGUCUGUAGGAGCUCACAGGAGCACGGGGAAGCUGCUGUCUGUGCUCGCCAGCAUCUUCACCCAGCUCGCUCAGAAGGGUUUCUGCCUCCCUCAGGAGCUGAUGGCCGGGGGAGACGGAGAAGGAGCCACAGAGUUUCACGACUACGAGGGCGGAGGAAUCGGGGAGGGCGAGGGCAACAAAGACGUCAGCGACAAGAUCGAGAAUGAAGACCAGGUGGAGGACACAUUCCAGGAGGGUCAGGAGAAGGAGGAGGAGCAGGAUAAAGGAAACAUCGAGGCCGAGGACAACGCCAUCGAGAUGUCGGAGGACUUUGAUGGACAGAUGCACGACGGAGACGGGAAAGAACAAGAGGAGGACGACGACUCGUCUAAAGAGGAGGAGGAAAAGGAGCUGGACAAAAAGAUGGGCGACCUUGGUGAAGGUGAGGCGGAGACUCUGGAUGAGAGGAUGUGGGGAGAUGAUGAGGACGAUGAAGAGGAAGAGGAAGGAAGUGACAAAGAGGAAGAGUCUGGACAGGGCAUGGACCAGGGGGAAUCAGAGCUGGUGGCCAAAGACGACAACCUGGACGCUGCAGAUCCAAACAAAGAGAAGAAGAACCAGGACGGAGACGAUCAGAUGGACGAGGAGGAGAAAGACAAAAUCAACGAACAAGGAGACCAGAGGGAGUUUGAUGAGAAUGAGGUGGAUCCGUACCACGGUCAGCAGGACAAGGGACCGGAGCCUGAGGCCAUGGAUCUGCCCGAAGAUCUGAAUCUGGACCAGGACGAGGAGGCGGGAGAGGAUGGGGAGGGCGAGGGAGAAGAGGAGAACCCUUUUGACAUCGAUGAUAAAGCCACGCCUCUGGAUGAGAAGGAAGACGGACAGAAAGAUGGAGACAACGAGGAGGAGCAGAAGGAGGAGGGAGCGGAGCAGAUGGAGGAAGAGCAGACGGACCAACCAGGAGAGGAGAAGACUCAGGAGCCAAAGACUGAAGAGGAGGAGGAGGAGGGAGGGGGAGAGAGAGCGGAGGGAGAUGAAGAGUCAGCUGAGAAAGAUGAAGAGGAGAAAAAGGAGGGAGGAGAGGAGGCAGGAAGAGAUGAAGAUCAUACUGUUCCUAACGAUGAAGGGCACAAACCAAAGGAGGAGGAGGAAGGAGCAGGCGAGGAUGAGGAGCAGCCGGAGUCAGCAGAGAGGAAGGAGCACAACACGGACGGUCAGACCGGAGAGGAGAACGUUCAGAGUGAGACGGCUGUGGAGCUCGCAGGAGAGGCCUCGGAGAGAGACCAGGCCAAAGAGGAGCAUGGGAGUGGAGCUGCAGAUGCCAGCCAAUCAGAAGGCCACCAGUCAAAGCUGACAGCAAGAAUGGCCUCACAGAAACAGACUCAGGACAGAACUCAGAGCUUCAAGAGGAAACCAGGUCAGGCGGAUAACGAGCGAUCCACGGGCGAUUAUAACGAACGAGUGAAUAAACGUCUGAGAACAGUGGAGAGCGGGAAGGAUCGCUCUGAGGACAACAGACAGAGUGACACUCAGCAGGAGUCUGACCUGUACGAGCACAUCAAAGAGGGAGAGUCCACGUACGACACGCAGACAUACGAUGUUGCCAGUGCCGACCAGCAGAAAGCAGCCGGUCCUCAGCAGGACCAGGACGAGGAGCAGAACGAGGAGGAUGUCGCCAUGGAAACGGAGAACCAGGAAGAGGACCUUCAGGCUGCCGAGGUCCAGGAGCUGAAACCCGAGCAGCUCGACUCCAGCAAGGCCUCAAAAACAGGAGCGGACAGUGGAGAGAUGGAGGUGCAGACUCAGGCAGAGGGGGAGGAAGAGGAGAGGUGGAAAGAGCGACUAAACACCAGAAAAGAAGAACGAGAAGAGAGAUGCACAGAGUCAACGAUUCACACGGUCCCUGAGCUGCUGCUGGACACCAUGCAGAAGGAAGAGAGAGACCCGGAGGAGAUCAGGAGGGAGAUGGAGCUGCAGCUGGAGGCCUGGCACAAACUGGCUCCAGGAACUCAGGAGGAGGAGAGUGCAGCAGCCUCCAUGUGGCAUCAGUACCAGAGUCUGACCUCAGCUCUGUCCCAGCAGCUGUGUGAGCAGCUCCGCCUCAUCCUGGAGCCCACGCAGGCCGCCAAACUCAAGGGAGAUUACCGCACAGGGAAGCGCCUGAACAUGAGGAAGGUGAUCCCCUACAUCGCCAGUCAGUUCCGUAAAGACAAGAUCUGGAUGAGGAGGACCAAACCCAGCAAGAGGGAGUACCAGAUCUGUCUGGCUGUGGACGACUCCUCCAGCAUGGUGGACAACCACUCCAAGCAGCUGGCGUUUGAGUCUCUGUCAGUGAUCAUCAACGCUCUCACUCUGCUGGAGGUCGGACAGGUGUCUGUGUGCAGUUUUGGGGAGCAGGUCCAGUUGCUGCACCCGUUCCAGCAGCAGUUCAACGAUGAGUCGGGCGCUCGGAUUCUCCGACUCUGUCAGUUCCAGCAGAAGAAGACCAGGAUAGCACAGUUCUUGGAGACGUCGACUAAAAUGUUUGUAGCAGCUCGACAGCAGGUUCCUGGAGCUCUAAACUCAGAGACGGCCCAGCUGCUGCUCGUCGUGUCCGAUGGGAGGGGUUUGUUUCUGGAGGGGAAGGAGCGCGUGAUGGCCGCCGUACGAGCCGCACGCAGCGCUAAUGUGUUUGUCAUUUUCGUGGUGCUCGACAACCCGAACUCGCGGGACUCCAUCCUGGACAUCAAGGUCCCCAUAUUCAAAGGACCAGGAGAGCUUCCAGAGAUCCGCUCCUACAUGGACGAGUUCCCCUUCCCCUUCUACGUCAUCCUGCGGGACGUCAACGCCCUGCCCGAGACGCUGAGCGACGCCCUCAGACAGUGGUUUGAACUCGUCACAGCAGCCGACCAAUGAGAAGCCAUCUUCCGAAAAGGCAGCAAAUAACUGCACAAUAACUCCCUGCUGCUCAAUCCUCAGACACAAAUCACAAAAAGAGACUUGAGGACAAACAAAUAUCUGUACAUGUGCCUUUAUUUUCUGAUUUUUACUCUAGGUUUUAGUCCAUUUGAAAGCAAUCUUUGUUCGUUAUUGUCCUGGUUAUCAGGGGACUCUCUGUUUGUUUGGAAGAUUGCUUUAACUUGCACGUCUGAGAUGAAAUGAUAGAAACAAAAAAAUGUGAUUAUCUGUGUGUGAAACACCUCAGUGAAGAGUCAGUAAAAUACCUCUGUACCCUCUGUAUUAUAGCCCUGAAGUCAUGUUUCGGUGUGGAUGUUUUUAGUCAGUGUUACAAACGUCAUGACAUCACUCGUCUUCAGUGUGGACACAGCGACAGAUGUGACCUAACAGUAGCAUGUCGGUGAGGUCACGACCGACUGUGAAGGAACUCAGAAAUGUGCCUCUCAUCCCAGCGCUCUGUCGGGAUCUCUCACGCACUUUGAAGCACAGGGACUGCAGUAUCCCACACAAUCUGCAGAGUCCAUCUUCCUGCCAGUCUGCGUGACGUCAGCUCCACGAGAGCUCAGAGCUCCUCAAGUAGGUGUAAAUGUUUGUUAUCACCUCUGUGUUUUGUACCGUGCUCUUCCAUGUAAGCAGAUUUAGAGGUUGUUUCAUUGCAUACAUGUCUUGAAGAAAAAACGAUCCUGACAAUAAACAGUUUACAAGGUC